AUGUUGACCAUAGACACUUUUCCAGAUGAAAUCAUCAUUCAGAUACUCUUACAGCCUACAAUGGACCUACGCACAUUGAUAAUAUUGAUGACUGUGUCCAGUAAACUGCGUCGUUUAGCGAUCCAUGCCUUGACCGUGUAUCGUUUGCCACGCCUCCAGCUUCUAUUGACUGUGGAACAAGAAGGCAAAUCUCGUAUUACAACAAGCUACAAGUUCAGUCUUUUCCACACUACAUCUCUGACUGUAUUACUGACAGCGCAUCAUCCAAAGCCAAGACGCUAUUACACAAGCAAAGCGUGUCCAGCUGUACGAUCCAUGGCGCUGAAUACGAUCAACACUGCAACAUCAUCCGCGCCAGGCACGUACUAUCCUCAAGGUGCAAGGAAACUCUCUGCGCAAAAGGAAGGCUUUCAUAUCUUGCAAGCAUCCUCGUGGCAACUUGCUUACCAAAUCACAAACAUCCAAAAACCUGAAUACUACUUGACACCAGUCAGCAUCGCUAUUAAAUUCAGCCAUCUAGUCACUUUGGAAUCCGUUAAUCGCCCUGUAGAUCAUCAUCAUCAUCAUCAUCGUAUCUCGUCUUUUAUAAAGCUGAAUAAAAUGAAAAAAUGGGCUGCUGGCCGUUUUUCGACGUAA